UGGCAACACUGCGCAGUGCGGGAAAGUAGGAACAAAAGCUCCGACCUUGACUUAGUGAUCCGAAACCUGCGAGUCUGCGAAAAACGCGUAUCUCCUCUCGUUUCGGUGCUUUAAGUGGGUUUCCGCGAAUCCUGGUGCAAAUUUUUCGCGCUGGAAAACUCAGACGCUCAGCGGUUUGGCCGACUUCUCACGGUGUCUGCGGUUUUUCCUCGUUUGUUUGUUUAUUCUUGAGAAGUGGGCCGCCUUUUUUCUUUGAUUCGCAGUCGCAAUCUUUUUGGUUUGGGAGCUGAAAUUUCCGCCUCCUCUCUGUUACGUGAAGUGAUCGAUUGCCGCACGUGUAUGUUGGCGAUUUGAAGUCGAAGCCUCUUGGUUGCACUCUGAAGAUCUAAAAAUGGGUAUCGAGAUUGAGAAAUCCUUAAUCGAGCCAAAGAUGGUCAUCGAAUUAGACGACGAGCCUCUGAUCAGAAUGUUAGCCGACCCGCACAUGAUCAAUUCGGAGACAUGCAAAAGAGCCAAAAUCGAACUCGGCGAAGACUCGCAAUUGCUGAGCCGAAACAUAAUCGCACUGCGUGACAGGAUUCUAGAACAUCCCGAACUCAGAGCGAGGAUCGAUGAUGUAUUCCUAUCUGCAUUUCUACGGACCAAAAAACACAAUGUGGAGAAGUCUUUCGAAUCGGUGAAAAAGUUUUACAAUAUUCAGCGGACGUAUCCUGUACAUUUUGACUUCUUUCUUCCUUCAGAAAAAUGUUACCUUCUCAAGAAACCUUUGCUUGUUGUAUGCCCUCAGUCGGAUUAUUUAGGCAGAAAAGUUGUUCUUGGAUUUCCACGACAUAUCAACGUGGAUAAGUUCAAAAUUGAAGACGUUUUCCAGUAUGCGACAACUCUUCUUCGACUGCUAAUGGAGGAUCCUCAGUUACAAGUCGUUGGACUAGUUUUAGUACUUGACCUGGCAGGUUUUACGCUUUUACAGCAAGCCCGUAUAAUCACGCCUACCGUCGCUUGGCUCAUCGUCAAUAUCAUUCAGGAGUGCAUACCUUUCCGCCUACGAGAGAUCCAUAUAGUCAAUCAAGCGUUUCACUUCAGUGCAUUAUUUGCCAUGUUUAGUCCAUUUUUAAAGGAGAAACUAAGGAAAAAAAUAAGACUCCACGGUAAAAAUUAUGCCUCCCUUCACGCUGAAGUAUCGCCCAAAAUUCUCCCUCCCGAGUUCGGAGGUUCUGGAGCGACCCUCGCACAUGAUUUUGCUGCCACAAAUAGAUUCCUCAUGUCGUGUGAGGACAAAAUUAAGGGUUUGAGACGACUGACAGAAAAAGAUAUCGAGGUUAAUUCGUGACCAAGAAUUACAUGACCUGGUAUCCUCCUCAAGACUGCAAUAAUUCCAAUCAAUUGUUGAAAGCUAGAUCCCAAAAGGUUCAGAGAUUAUUUGAAUCGCGGAGGCUGAGGAUUUCUAUCGUCGAUAAUUGCAUUGAGACCCAAAGAAUGAUAAUGAUAUUCGAUGAAACGGCCAUAAUUUUGUAAUGUGUUUAGUAACGAGUAACAGCACGGUAUGAAAUAUUACAAAUGAGGAAAAAUGCCGUUCGAAAAAGAGAUGCGCAUAGGUACUUACGUUGUUUUCCCCUGUAAAGUUCAAUUCCCUCUCAUUUGUGAAUAUGAUGGUACUGUUUCAACCUA